UGACCCGGAAGGGAGCUCUGAAGAGGCGGGGCCAGGACGGCGGGACCGGCCGCUGGGUCCCAGCGAGGGCUGAGCCGGGCGGUGGGAGGAGGUCAGGAUGGUCGGGGAACGGCAUGCUGGGGACCUCAUGGUGCCUUUAGGGCCUCGGCUGCAGGCAUAUCCUGAAGAACUCAUUCGACAGAGGCCUGGGCAUGAUGGGCAUCCUGAAUACCUGAUCCGAUGGAGUGUCCUGAAGUGUGGGGAAGUGGGCAAAGUGGGUGUGGAAGAAGGCAAAGCAGAGCACAUCCUCAUGUGGCUGUCAGCUCCUGAGGUCUACGCCAACUGCCCUGGGCUGUUAGGUGAGCGGGCACUAUCUAAGGGACCUCAGCACGAACCAGCUGGGGUUUCAGGAAGCUUUCCUCGAGAUCCAGGAGGCCCGGAUGAAGUGGCAAUGGGAGAGAUGGAGGCUGAUGUGCAGGCGCUGGUACGCAGGGCAGCCAGGCAGCUGGCAGAAAGUGGGACCCCAAGCCUCACGGCUGCUGUGCUCCACACCAUCCACGUGCUCAGUGCCUACGCCAGCAUCGGGCCCCUCACUGGUGUCUUCAGGGAGACAGGAGCCCUGGACCUGCUUAUGCACAUGUUGUGCAAUCCUGAGCCUCAGAUCCGCCGGAGUGCAGGCAAAAUGCUGCAGGCUCUGGCAGCCCACGAUGCUGGGAGUCGGGCUCACGUCCUUCUGUCACUGAGCCAGCAAGAUGGCAUCGAGCAGCACAUGGAUUUUGACAGUCGCUAUACAUUGCUGGAGCUGUUUGCAGAAACCACAUCCUCUGAAGAACACUGCAUGGCCUUUGAGGGCAUUCAUCUGCCUCAGAUCCCAGGAAAGCUGCUCUUCUCCUUGGUGAAGCGCUACCUUUGUGUCACCUCCCUCCUGGAUCAGCUGAAUAACAGUCCAGAGCUGGGAGCUGGAGACCAAAGCUCCCCAUGUGCCACAAGAGAGAAAAGCCGGGGACAGCGGGAGCUGGAGUUCAGCAUGGCUGUGGGCAAUCUCAUCUCUGAGCUUGUGCGGAGCAUGGGCUGGGCCCGGAACCUCAGCGAACAGGGCAUGUCACCUCCCCGGCCAACCCGGUCCAUCUUUCAGCCCUACAUUUCAGGCCCCAGCCUUUUACUCCCCACCAUUGUCACCACCCCCAGAAGACAAGGGUGGGUCUUCCGCCAGCGCUCUGAAUUCUCCAGCCGUAGUGGCUAUGGAGAAUAUGUGCAGCAGACGCUGCAGCCGGGGAUGCGAGUGCGGAUGCUGGAUGAUUAUGAGGAGAUCAGUGCUGGGGACGAGGGCGAGUUCCGGCAGAGCAACAACGGCAUUCCCCCUGUGCAGGUUUUCUGGCAGUCGACAGGCCGCACUUACUGGGUGCACUGGCACAUGCUGGAGAUCCUGGGCCCUGAGGAAGCCACUGAGGAUAAGGCUUCAGCAGCUGUGGAGAAGGGGGCAGGGGCUACUGUGUUGGGCACAGCAUUUCCCUCCUGGGACUGGAAUCCUAUGGAUGGGCUCUACCCUUUGCCGUAUCUCCAGCCCGAACCUCAGAAGAAUGAGAGAGUGGGAUAUCUGACCCAGGCUGAAUGGUGGGAGCUGCUUUUCUUUAUCAAAAAGUUGGACUUGUGUGAGCAGCAGCCAAUUUUCCAGAAUCUUUGGAAGAACGUGGAUGAGACCCUGGGUGAAAAGGCCCUAGGUGAGAUCUCUGUGUCCGUGGAGAUGGCUGAGAGUCUGCUGCAGGUUCUCAGUAGUCGAUUUGAAGGCAGCACUCUCAAUGACCUGCUCAACUCCCAGAUCUACACCAAGUAUGGGCUGCUGUCUGAUGAACGAAGCAGCUCGUCUACUUCACGAAAUCACUCCUGUACCCCAGAUCCAGAAGAGGAGUCCAAGUCAGAGGCCAACUUCUCAGAGGAAGAGACUGAGUCCCCCAAAGCAAAGGCCGAGGCCCCUAAGACAGAGGCCGAGCCCACCAAGACAAGGACCGAGCCCCCCAUGGCACAGAGUGAUUCGCAGCUGUUUAACCAGCUUCUGGUGACUGAGGGGAUGACCCUGCCCACUGAGAUGAAGGAGUCAGCCAGUGAAAUGGCCAGAGCCUUGCGGGGUCCCGGUCCUCGCAGCUCCCUGGAUCAACAUGUGGCAGCCGUCGUGGCCACUGUGCAGAUAUCCAGCUUGGACACAAACCUGCAGCUUUCAGGGCUCUGUGCCCUCUCUCAGGCUGUGGAGGAGGUCACUGAGCGGGAUCACCCUCUGGUCCGUCCUGACAGAUCACUGAGAGAGAAGCUAGUGAAGAUGCUGGUGGAGCUGCUGACCAACCAGGUGGGAGAGAAGAUGGUGGUGGUGCAGGCCCUGCGCCUCCUUUACCUGCUCAUGACCAAGCACGAGUGGCGACCGCUCUUUGCCAGGGAGGGUGGCAUCUAUGCUGUACUGGUCUGCAUGCAAGAAUAUAAGACUUCUGUCUUGGUGCAGCAGGCUGGGCUGGCGGCACUGAAGAUGCUGGCCAUCGCCAGCUCCUCGGAGAUCCCCACUUUUGUUACUGGCCGAGAUUCUAUCCACUCUUUGUUUGAUGCUCAGAUGACCAGAGAGAUCUUCGCCAGCAUCGACUCAGCUACACGCCCGGGCUCUGAGAGCCUGCUCCUCACUAUCCCUGCAGCCGUGAUCCUGAUGCUGAACACCGAGGGGUGCUCUUCUGCAGCGAGAAAUGGCUUGCUCCUGCUCAACCUGCUUUUGUGCAACCACCACACUCUGGGAGACCAGAUUAUAACCAGAGAGCUGAGAGACACGUUGUUUAGGCACUCAGGGAUAGCACCAGGGACAGAACCUAUGCCUACCACACGCACCAUCCUCAUGAUGCUUCUCAAUCGCUACUCAGAGCCGCCGGGCAGCCCUGAGCAUGCAGCACUAGAGACCCCCAUCAUCCAGGGUCAGGAUGGGUCCCCUGAGCUACUGAUUCGAUCCCUGGUUGGGGGCCCAUCUGCAGAACUACUCCUGGACUUGGAGCGUGUGCUGUGCCGUGAGGGCAGCCCCGGGGGUGCCGUGAGGCCCCUCCUCAAGCGCCUCCAGCAGGAGACCCAGCCUUUCCUCCUGUUGCUGCGGACUCUGGAUGCUCCGGGGCCCAACAAGACUCUGCUGCUGUCUGUGCUGAGGUGUGGCCUCUGGACUCAGAUUGUUCAGGAGCUGACCUGCUUCCUACCCCUGGCCUUGAUGCAUAAGGACUAUGCUGUGGUGCUCUGCUGCUGGAGCAAAGAGGUCCUCUCCAAAGUCCUGGACAAGCACUCAGCUCAGCUGCUGCUGGGCUGUGAGCUUCGGGACCUGGUGACAGAGUGUGAGAAGUACGCACAGCUCUAUAGCAACCUCACCUCUAGCAUCCUGGCUGGCUGCAUUCAGAUGGUGCUGGGCCAGAUCGAAGACCACAGACGAACCCACCAACCCAUCAAUAUCCCCUUCUUUGAUGUGUUCCUCAGGCAUCUCUGCCAGGGCUCCAGUGUGGAAGUGAAGGAGGACAAGUGCUGGGAGAAGGUGGAGGUGUCCUCCAACCCACACCGGGCCAGCAAGCUGACGGACCACAACCCCAAGACCUACUGGGAGUCCAACGGCAGCACCGGCUCCCACUACAUCACCCUGCACAUGCACCGUGGUGUUCUUGUUAGGCAGCUCACUUUGUUGGUGGCCAGUGAGGACUCAAGCUACAUGCCAGCCAGGGUGGUGGUGUUUGGGGGUGACAGCACCAGCUGCAUCAGCACUGAGCUCAACACGGUGAAUGUGAUGCCCUCUGCCAGCCGGGUGAUCCUCCUGGAGAAUCUCAACCGCUUCUGGCCUAUCAUCCAGAUCCGCAUAAAGCGCUGCCAGCAGGGCGGCAUUGACACCCGGGUUCGGGGUGUGGAGGUCCUGGGCCCUAAGCCCACAUUCUGGCCACUGUUCCGGGAGCAGCUGUGUCGCCGAACAUGUCUCUUCUACACAAUUCGGGCACAAGCCUGGAGCCGGGACAUAGCAGAGGACCGUCGGCGCCUCCUCCAGCUCUGUCCCAGACUGAACAGGGUUUUGCGCCACGAGCAGAAUUUUGCCGACCGUUUCCUCCCUGAUGAUGAGGCCGCCCAAGCACUGGGCAAGACCUGCUGGGAGGCCCUGGUCAGCCCCCUGGUGCAGAACAUCACCUCUCCCGAUGCGGAAGGUGUGAGUGCCCUGGGAUGGCUGCUGGAUCAGUACUUAGAACAGAGAGAGAGCUCACAGAACCCCCUGAGUCGAGCAGCGUCCUUUGCCUCUCGAGUUCGUCGCCUUUGCCACUUGCUGGUGCAUGUGGAGCCUCCUCCUGGGCCUUCUCCUGAGCCAUCCACUCGGCCCUUCAGCAAGAACAGUAAGGGUCGGGACCGGAGCCCGGCGCCUUUGCCAGUGCUUCCAAGUAGCAGCCUGAGGAACAUAACCCAGUGCUGGCUGAGCGUGGUGCAGGAGCAGGUCAGCAGAUUCCUGGCUGCAGCUUGGGGGGCCUCAGACUUUGUGCCUCGUUACUGUAAACUCUAUGAGCACUUGCAGAGAGCAGGCUCCGAGCUGUUUGGGCCUCGGGCAGCCUUCACGCUGGCUCUGCGCAGUGGCUUCUCUGGCGCCUUGCUGCAGCAGUCCUUCCUCACUGCUGCUCACAUGAGUGAGCAGUUUGCCAGGUACAUUGACCAGCAGAUCCAGGGUGGCCUGAUUGGUGGAGCCCCUGGAGUGGAAAUGCUGGGGCAGCUUCAGCGGCACCUGGAACCCAUUAUGGUCCUUUCUGGUCUGGAACUGGCCACAACUUUUGAGCACUUCUAUCAGCAUUAUAUGGCGGACCGUCUCCUGUGCUUUGGCUCGAGCUGGCUGGAGGGGGCCGUGCUGGAGGAGAUUGGCCUCUGUUUUCCCAACCGCCUCCCCCAGCUGAUGCUGCAGAGCCUGAGUACCUCUGAGGAGCUGCAGCGCCAGUUCCACCUCUUCCAGCUCCAGCGGCUUGACAAGUUGUUCUUGGAGCAGGAAGACGAGGAGGAAAAGAGACUAGAGGAAGAGGAGGAGGAAGAGGAGGAAGAGGAAGCUGAGAAAGAAUUAUUUAUUGAAGAUCCAAGUCCAGCCAUUUCUAUACUGGUCCUGUCACCACGCUGCUGGCCGGUCUCCCCACUCUGCUACCUGUACCAUCCCAGAAAGUGCCUUCCCACAGAAUUCUGUGAUGCCCUUGACCGUUUCUCCAGUUUCUACAGCCAGAGUCAGAACCAUCCAGUCCUGGACAUGGGACCACAUCGGCGACUGCAGUGGACGUGGCUGGGCCGGGCUGAGCUGCAGUUUGGGAACCAGACACUGCAUGUGUCCACCGUGCAGAUGUGGCUGCUGCUGAAUUUCAAUCAUACAGAGGAGGUGUCAGUAGAGACCUUGCUGAAGGAUUCUGCCCUCUCCCCAGAGCUGCUGCUCCAGGCACUCGUGCCCCUCACCUCGGGGAAUGGCCCUUUGACCCUGCAUGAGGGCCAGGACUUUCCACACAGGGGUGUGCUGCGGCUUCAUGAGCCUGGGCGCCAGCGCAGUGGGGAGGCCCUGUGGCUGAUACCUCCCCAGGCAUACCUGAACGUAGAGAAGGAUGAGGGCCGAACCCUGGAACAGAAGAGGAAUCUCUUGAGCUGUCUUCUUGUUCGUAUUCUCAAAGUCCAUGGGGAAAAGGGCCUCCACAUUGAUCAGCUGGUUUGUCUGGUGCUGGAGGCCUGGCAGAAGGGUCCAAAUCCUCCUGGAACCCUGGGCCACACUGUUGCUGGGGGCGUGGCCUGUACCAGUACAGAUGUCCUCUCUUGCAUCCUGCACCUCUUAGGCCAGGGCUACGUGAAACGGCGUGAUGACCAGCCCCAGAUCCUGAUGUAUGCUGCUCCAGAGCCCAUGGGGCCCUGCCGGGGUCAGGCAGAUGUCCCUUUCUGUGGCAGCCAGAGCAAAACCUCCAAGCCUAGCCCAGAAGCUGUGGCUACCCUGGCAUCUCUACAGUUGCCUGCAGGCCGCACCAUGAGCCCCCAGGAAGUAGAAGGGUUGAUGAAGCAGACGGUGUGUCAGGUGCAGGAGACUCUGAACUUAGAGCCAGAUGUCGCUCAGCACCUUUUGGCUCAUUGCCACUGGGGCGCUGAACAGCUGCUGCAGAGCUACAGUGAGGACCCUGAGCCACUGCUGCUGGCAGCUGGGCUGUGCGUACCCCAGGCCCAGGCUGUACCCGCACGGCCUGACCACUGCCCUGUCUGCGUGAGCCCUCUGGGGUGUGACGACGACUUGCCCUCUCUCUGCUGCAUGCACUAUUGCUGUAAGUCUUGCUGGAAUGAGUACCUGACAACUCGGAUAGAGCAGAACCUUGUUUUGAAUUGCACCUGCCCCAUUGCCGACUGCCCCGCCCAGCCCACCGGAGCCUUCAUUCGUGCCAUCGUCUCCUCGCCAGAGGUCAUCUCCAAGUAUGAGAAGGCGCUCCUGCGUGGCUAUGUGGAGAGCUGCUCCAACCUGACCUGGUGCACCAACCCCCAGGGCUGCGACCGAAUCCUGUGCCGCCAGGGCCUGGGCUGUGGGACCACCUGCUCCAAGUGUGGCUGGGCCUCCUGCUUCAACUGUAGCUUCCCUGAGGCACACUACCCUGCUAGCUGUGGCCACAUGUCUCAGUGGGUUGAUGAUGGCGGCUACUAUGACGGCAUGAGCGUGGAGGCACAGAGCAAGCACCUGGCCAAGCUCAUCUCCAAGCGCUGUCCCAGCUGUCAGGCUCCCAUCGAGAAGAACGAGGGGUGCCUGCACAUGACCUGUGCCAAAUGUAACCAUGGAUUCUGCUGGCGCUGCCUCAAGUCCUGGAAGCCAAAUCACAAAGACUAUUACAACUGCUCUGCCAUGGUAAGCAAGGCAGCUCGCCAGGAGAAGCGGUUUCAGGACUAUAACGAGAGGUGCACUUUCCAUCACCAGGCGCGGGAAUUUGCUGUGAACUUGCGGAACCGGGUGUCUGCCAUCCAUGAAGUGCCCCCGCCCAGAUCCUUCACCUUCCUCAAUGAUGCCUGCCAGGGACUGGAGCAGGCUCGGAAGGUGCUGGCCUAUGCCUGCGUGUACAGCUUCUACAGCCAGGACGCAGAGUACAUGGACGUGGUGGAGCAGCAGACGGAGAACCUGGAGUUGCACACCAAUGCCCUGCAGAUCCUCCUGGAGGAGACCCUGCUGCGGUGCAGAGACCUGGCCUCCUCCCUGCGACUCCUGCGGGCUGACUGCCUCAGCACGGGCAUGGAGCUGCUCCGACGGAUCCAGGAGAGGCUGCUUGCCAUCCUGCAGCAUUCCGCCCAGGAUUUCCGGGUUGGUCUUCAGAGUCCAUCAGUAGAGGCCUGGGAGACAAAAGGACCCAACGUGCCCGGCAGUCAGCCCCAGACCUCCUCAGGGCCAGAGGCGGAAGAGGAGGAGGAAGACGACGAGGAUGAUGUGCCCGAGUGGCAGCAGGAUGAGUUUGAUGAGGAGCUGGACAAUGACAGCUUCUCCUACGAUGAGUCUGAGAACCUGGACCAAGAGACUUUCUUCUUUGGUGAUGAGGAGGAGGAUGAAGAUGAGGCCUAUGACUGAGGGGACAAAUGCAGGAAACACCUAGAGCCGCCCCAGAGUCACGGGGCUGCGGGGGCAGGAGCUGCCCCUGUUUGUCAUGGGGAGGGGAUUCCCAGCGUCUGCAGUGCCUCUUUCUGUUUAUUGAAUAAAGGCCUCUUUCUCACACAC